AUGAAAAGCAUUAUUCAAAACGGCUCGAUACAUAAUGACGCCAUGUGCAGGCUGUGCGGGCGCCCUACGACGGCAGCUGUAGUAAUCACACUACAGCACGAUGCCGUCGAAAAGGGGGUUACGUAUAGUGAUGUUCUCACCAAAGCCCGUCAGAGGUUAGAUCUGACGGCCUUGAACAUCCCGGCAGGCCUGAAAAUAAGGCAGGCGGCCACGGGAGCUCGAGUUCUCGAGCUUCCAGCAGGGGUCACGAGCGAAGCAGCGGACAGUUUCGCCGCGAAGCUCCGUGAGGUCCUCGCCGGAGAGGCACGGAUCGCCAGGCCGGUGAAGUGCGCGGAUUUGCGUCUUACUGGCCUGGAUGAUUCCGUCACCAGGGAUCAGGUGCUCGCUGCGAUUGUCGCUGCAGCCGCCUGUCCCCUUGACCACGUCAAGGCGGACGAAAUUCGGGAGGGCCGCCGGGGCACUGGCUGCAUCUGGGUGCAAUGUCCAGUGGCAGCUACUAAGGUCCUGGUGUCAGCUCGGAGUAUGAGGAUUGGCUGGAGCUAUGUGCACGUCGAGUCCCUGGAGCCGCGCCGUAUGAAGUGCUUCCGAUGCCUAGAAAUCGGGCACACGCGACUCCAGUGCACUUCGGAGGUGGACCGCAGCGAUAUUUGUUAUCGCUGCAGUGCUCCUGGACACAAAGCAACGGCAUGCUUAGCCAAACCCCACUGCGCAGUAUGCGCAGUUGCAGGUAGGCCAGCUGAGCACUCGGUGGGGGCUAAGGGUUGCUCCCCACCGAAAAAAGGGAAAAAAACCGGCAGGACCCCGGCCUCCCAGCAGGUGGAUCGGGAUUCGUCCCGACAAGAGGAAAUAGGGAUGCAGUUGGUCCCCGCCUUCCCAGCGAUGGCCUCAACGUUUCCGCGAUGGGCCCUCGCGGGGUUGGACGUUGACCUGCUGAAGGAGGCCGCCAUCGUCGAGUCCUGGAGCUCCCCGCCUCCGGGGACGACGGACGAGCAGGCGAUGUGUUUCCGCAGCGCGAUCACCAGGGUCUGCGAUGCCUGCAUGGUCCGCGUGCGGCAAAGACCUCAAAAGAGGCAGGUGUACUGGUGGUCACCUGACAUUGCGGAUCUUCGGCGACGCUGUGUCGCCGCCCGCCGGAAGUUCCAACGACAGCGGCGGCGGCGGCCGCGGAAUGAGGAACUGAAUGACCAUCUGCAGAGGGCGUAUAACGAAGCCAAAAAAUCCUUGCAGCUGGCCAUCCUGAGGGCCAAAGACACUGCCUGCGGUGAGCUCCUCGCGGGCUUGGACCGCGAUCCCUGGGGUCGUCCAUACCGAGCAACCAGGGGCAAGCUUGGUCGGGGUCCGCCGCCUGCUGAAUCUAUUUCACCGGAACGGCUGGACACGGUGCUGGAGGCGUUGUUCCCGGCCCCAACUGGCGUUAUCCCACCGGUGCCUGAGCCGGAAACCACCGAGGAGGUGCCUCUGGUAUCCGAGGGGAAUAAAAAGAAGUCACAAGGACCAGGCCAGACCAGGCCUGUCAGAAGGAUGACGCAAGAUGUUGGCGGGUAUAGUGUCCAGGAAGUUACCCCGUUU